AUCUCCAUUGAGGAAAACAUCUCUCAGGGGAAGAACCAGGUCUCCUCAAGCCCUGAUCUUCCUCUGUCAUCAUCUAUCUCUCUCUCCAAAAUCAACCAUGGCUGUUCCUAUACUUCUCCUCCUCCUCUUCUUCUCCAUCCCCUUCUCCGAAUCUAAGCUCAACGAAGACUACUACAAGCAAACAUGUCCAGACUUCCAGAAAAUUGUAAGAGAAACCGCGACCUUAAAGCAAGCCGCCCAACCCGCCACCGCUGCCGGCACUCUCCGCCUCUUCUUCCACGACUGCAUGGUAGAGGGAUGCGACGCCUCUGUCUUCAUCGCCUCCAACCAUGUCAACAAAGCUGAGCGCGACGCCGACAUCAACCAAUCCCUGUCAGGUGACGCCUUCGAGGUGGUCGUCCGGGCGAAGACUGCGCUCGAGCUCACCUGCCCGGGAAUUGUCUCGUGCGCGGACAUUCUCGCGGAGGCCACCCGUGACCUCAUCACAAUUGUCGGCGGGCCUUUCUACCCCGUCAAAUUAGGAAGAAAAGAUGGACAUGUGUCCCUAGCGUCCAAGGUUGAUGCAAACUUGCCAAAAACAAACCAAACCAUGGAUGAGAUUAUCAAGCUAUUUGCUGACAAAGGUUUCACAAUCGAAGAAAUGGUGGCUUUGACCGGUGGACACACAAUUGGGUUUUCUCAUUGCAAAGAGUUCACCGAUAGGCUUUUCCAUUACAGCCCGACUACACCAACAGACCCAGAAAUCAACCCAAGAUUCGCCGAAGGGUUGAAGAAGAUUUGUGCUAACUACACAACUAGCCCUGCCAUGUCUGCCUUCAACGACGUCAUCACACCCGGCAAGUUUGACAACAUAUAUUAUCAGAAUUUGAAGAGGGGGUUGGGGCUGUUGUCUUCGGACCACGCACUUGUCAAGGACCAAAGAACACGGCCUUUGGUGGAGUUGUACUCUACGAACCAGGAAGUGUUUUUCAAGGCUUUUUCUCACGCAAUGGAGAAGCUUGGCCAUCAUGAGAUCAAGACCGGACAACAGGGUGAGGUGAGGCGCAGGUGUGACGCGUUUAACGCGAUUAAGGCUUAGAUUGUUUGAUGAAGAAGAUGAAGAUGAUGAGAUGAGAUGAGAUGAUUGUUGUUUGUUAAGGGUUUUCAUUUGGCCAUGGUAUAUAUAAAUUCGUCACUUCAGAACAAGGGAGAGUUUUUAAAUCUUUUUUCUUAAUUCUCUUUCAUAUAUGUGUCGUGAUGAUGAUGAUGAUGAUGAUGGUACACGUUCAUGAUUAUAUGAUAUUUGAGUA